AUCAGAUUCAGAAAGGAAAUCACAUAGGAACACCCAGCCCAGAAGAUCAGUUUCAUACCGUAUAGUAAACAGUUCAGAUCAACCUUCUAUUAUAAAAAAGAUUAAGUGACAAGUGUUUACUAAAAUACUUUUGGUCUCAAGUUUUUCAAAACAGUAAUAAUGACUGCUAUCUCUGCGAUAUUGAAAUACGUGGAAUUGAAUAAUCAGAAUUACCCUCUGGACCAAAAUACCGAGAUACCAGAGAGGCCCAAAAAGAGAAGGCUGGACCACUUAACAUGGGAAGAAAAAAUUCAGAGGAAGAAAUUAAAAAAUCGAGUUGCAGCUCAAACAUCUCGUGACCGAAAAAAGGCCAAAAUGGACCAAAUGGAAAAUGCACUUCAACAGUUAUUUUCUAAAAAUGAAAGUCUCAUCGCAGAAUGUGAAAAUCUGAAAUUGGCCAACCAACGACUUUCUCAAGAGAAUUUAGAUCUUUACAAUCGUCUGCAAUCACCUUGCCCGAUAUGUGCAAACUCUCAGAAUCGAUCUGUUGAGUGUGAGGCCCUUAAUGGUCCCACAGAGUCCCUCCUUCUACAGAAAGGAAGAGUCACACACUCAGCAGCAGUUCUGAAGGAGGUUCGCCAAAUGUCACAGCCUGCAUUGCGGAAGAUCGUACAGUGUUACCUUCUCUACCAGACCUUUUUGAUGAACUUGAUGCAGAUGUCGACCUCAACUCGUUGGAACAACUUACCCAGAGUUUAUUACAAGAUAUCGCCAGAGACCUGCAAGCAAGUUCUCAGAAAACAGAUAAUCAGGAACCACAAAAUACUGAACCCAGUGCAUGUCAAGUGGUGGGGAAGGCACCAAAAGAAUUGGAACCCAGUAGAUGUGAAAUUUUAAGCGAGAAGAAAUCGUUGGAAAAUGAUAUCUCGGAAUAUCUUCUGCUUCACCACAACUAUGCUGCAAAACCCCCAAAAAGCACAAGAAAAUCCAAAUUAACUAGCACAAAAAAUAAAUUGAAACCUAUUCGGCCCAAAAACAUUUUGGAUACAAGUAAAUCAUUGGUUGAAAGGCUCGCUCCAAAGUUAAUAGUGAAUGCAGACAUACCUGUGGUAAUUAGUGAAAACGAAGAUGUCUUAUAUGGAACUCUGGAUGAUGACACAAACACCGUUACAAUUUACGUUGAUGACGAUAGUAUACACACUGCUGAAACUUUAGCCGAGGUUGUAGCUAUGGAAAGUGAAGAAAUUUCAGAAGAAAAUGCACCCAUCGUUUCACCACAGCUCAAGCAAUGUGCUUCUCCAUUUUCAUGUAGCGGGUCAGAUAGAGGAUAUGAAUCUUUAGAUUCUCCCUGUAGUAUUCAAGAUGAUAUUUGGGAUCAAAGUAUUUCCGAGUUGUUUCCCACUUUAUUUUAAGUGGGACACUGUAAAAUGUAUAUAUAAGAUACCAAAAAUGAUUCUCUACUUAUAAUUUAUUUCAAUAUUCUAUUUAAGUAUAUUUUUAUUUUCAAAUUUUAUGUAAAUAUAUCUUGCAAAUAAAGUUGUGGUUGUAAACUGA